AUGCCCUUGGCUCCCCCGGAGAGUGACAAUGGCAGUGACAGUGAGAUGGACAUAGAGCAGUUCGAACAGCAGAUGGAGCAGGAAAGGGAUACUUUGGUAUCUUUUCCUGGCUCCAGUGGAUCUUCGUGUCAGGGGGACAUUCAGUCCAAUGAGAAUAGUAAACCCUUUGAGGCACGCUUUGAGCUGCUUGAUGCUGGUCUCCACUUCAAGGAGAAUGAACCCGGCACACCCUGCUCGACAAGGUCGACUUCUGGGUCCUUUGCCUGGCAACCCGAAUUCGAUCUGCCAUUAGCCUUGAAGAGGACUCAAACCGCCGAGAGUUUGGGAAGUGGGUUCUUGACGCCGCCUGGUAGUCUGAUUGUGGAAAAGCCACCCAGUGUUGCACCAGGGCGUCGACGUGUCAAACCCACCAAGGUGCCGAACCACAGAGAUUUUGCCACCAGGGCGGAUGUAGAUUCGGUGUGCCGCAGGGCUGAGCAUUUGCUCAAGUCCAUGACUGCGGUGGUGAAGAACAAUGAGCGUUUGGCGCGACAGAGGCGCUAUCCUUCCUGCCCUUCCGGCAGUUUUGGCCGGAGGAAUUCAGCAGGCGAUGUGCUCUCCAGGUGCCCCAUGGACAUGGCAGCCAUGGGUAUCUCGAUGCCAUUAAACAUCCCAAAUUGGAUAAUUUUGAACCAAACACCCAGGUAG